UGAUUCGAAUGAAUAUUGGUGAAAUUGGAAUGUUUUCGCCCAACGGUUUUCGCCCACAACGAUUAUGUUCGAUGUUUAUUCGAUUCAUUUGAACCACGAUAAAAAUGGACAAUUGGAAACAAAAUCUAAUCGAUUCAAUCACAAAAGAUGAUCAAAUAACUUUCAUAAAAUUUUGUACAUUACUUGAUCAAGAUUCUAAACAAAUUGAACAACAAUUAAUUGAAUCAAUUGGAACUAAAUCCGCUUAUUCAUCGACGACUAUUCAAUGUUUACAAAAACAAUUUCAACAACAACAACCAAAACAACAAAAACCAAGAGCUUCCAAAAAUGUAAUCAAAAAUAUUUUGCUCAAAUCCGAAUCCAAAAACAAUAUUUUACCCAAACAGGAAAAAUAUCUCAACAAUUUCCUGUAUAGUGAUAGUCGAAAAUUGAAAACAUUAUCACUGAAUAAUAAUAUUGAAAAAAAUUAUCUUACAAUUUUGGAUAAAACAUUGAAUGGUGAUCAAUGGAAAAUUGAUGAAAAUUUAUUCGAAUCAAUAUUGAUCAAUUCUUAUCAUACACAAUCAAGUGAAUUAUUUUGGCGUUAUGCAAAUGAAUGUAUUUAUAAAAAGAUUGAUCUUAAGCUGGACAUACAUAAUUUAUGUUGGAAAUUUUUGUUUCUUUGUCAUUGGUUAAUACGAAAUGGUCAUCCAAAUGUUAUCAAAGAUGCAUAUGCUCAACGACCAUUAUUAGUUGAAUUGGCUAAAAUUAAAACCUGUAUCAAUUCAUCACAAUGUUGUUUGUUUGGUAUAUUGAAUCCAUUAUAUUUUUCACUUGUUUUACAAAAAAUUGAAUUUCAUAUGGAACAUAUGAAAAUACCGGGAAAUCUUGUUAUAAACAACAUACAAUUCGAACAAAUCGGUGAUAAUGAUCCAGAUCUAUUUGAACAAAUUGCUAUUGAAUUAUUUAAUUAUAUGGAUAAAAUAUUACAAUUACAAACGGAAAUUUUCGAUAUUCGUGGCCUUAAUAUUGGUGGUUGGCAACAAAAAUGUAUACUUAAUCCGUUGAAAUUAUCAUUAAUCGAAUCUAGUCAAAUUUAUGAUUUAAUUUUUCAAUUAAUGCAUAAAUUACAUCAACAUUCAUCUUAUGUUAGUGAAAAUGAUUUGAAAAAAUAUCGUCAUCGUUUUAUUAAUCAAUUUCAACAAUUGAAAUUAUUUUAUUUAAAUUGUAAACAAUAUGAAUAUCUUAGUGAUUCGAUACAGAUUCCUGAACUGAUUGAUGAACCACCUAGUUUUUUUGUUGUUGAACAUUCUGAAGAAUUGGAACAAACAGUUUUUUAUCCACGUAUUGUUAUCGAAUGAUGAUUCGAAAUAUCAACAUUUUUGUAUUUUCAACCUCAGACCUUCCCUUUGAUAUUUAAAA